AAGCAAAUCAUUCAUAUUCACUUUCACUUUACAAAUGUAAAAUAUAUGAAGGCAAAAAAAAGGUGAUUAAAGAUAAAGAGUUGUCAGUCAGAGUCGGAAGCGAGAAAUUUUGCAUUUUCCACGAAGGAAGGCUGGCGGAGGCCCUUUCACUUCUUUUUACAACGGCCAAAACUCUGCUUUUCUAUCACCGGUCGCAAACAAGGAACCUAAAUAAAGCAAAAUAUUGGACCGAAUAAAGUUACCAGGGCAGAAAAAACGAGAGUAUAGCGGGAAACGUAGCCGAUUUCAUAGUGAUUCUAUACGACAUCGUUUGGGAGAUUGCUAUAAUUUGUAAAUAAAACGACUGUGUUCAUGUGUUUUUCUUUCUUUCCCUACAACAUUGGGAAACGAUAUUGUGAACUCGGUUUCUUUGUCUCUGUUCUGUCUUUCUCUCUCUUUCUUUUUUUUUUUUUUCCUCUUUCUCUCUCCCCAAAGUGGAGUAAGGUAGAGCGGAUUAUAAACUCAGAUUUCUUCAGAAAACACAAGCUGUUCUCUUUCAACUGAAAAUUUCAGAGUGUUUCACAUAUUCUAGGGCUUUGAAUGACUCAAAAAUGGCCGCGUCAACCAAAGUAAGGUUGGUUCUGUGUCCAAAGUGUGAAAACCUUCUUCCAGAGCUUGCUGAUUAUUCUGUUUACCAGUGUGGCGGCUGCGGUGCUGUUCUUCGAGCAAAGAUUAGGAGCCAUGAAGCAGAUGCUUUCUCUGAGACGUUGGAAGAAGACAGGCUUGGCAGAGUUUCCACCAAAUCUCAAAUUUCCUCAGAUAAGGAAAUAGUAGACUCAAGUGAUGCCUCUGAUGCAGAUGUUAAAUCAAGUGCUCACUCUUUGAGGUGUGAUCAAAGGGAUCCAGAGAAGAAUGAUGUUGAGUGCACUGAUGGAAAUAGGAAUGAAUCUAAGGUUGAUAGUGAAAAAUGGUCUGUUGAGAAUGCAAAUGAUAGCAGGAAUAAGGAUGAAAUUUUAAUUUCUAUUGCAACAGAACAGGAGGAUUUGGAUUCUAAUUUUGAAUAUACUGGUGGAUCACAAAGACAGGGACAGAUGUCAGAUUGGCAAACUGGGAAGCAAGAAGAGAUGGAGGGGUUUCAGCAAAUUCCAAGAGGUCUUGUUGAAGGUGUGCGAUUUUCAACUUCAAACAAUCCAGAUGAAGGCCCAUCAAACCAUCAUUUGGAUUCUUCUUAUGGUUGUAGUGAAUCAUCACGGAAUCGAAUUGACCAGGAUGGGUCUAGUAGAAUUCACCUUGAACAAGAUAGAGCUGAGCUUCUGAGGAAGCUAGAUGAGUUAAAGGAGCAACUUAAUCGGUCUUGUGAUGUGGUUGAUAAACCAAAAGAGAAGGUUCCGCUUGAUGGAAUGGUCGUUCCUCCAGAGUCUUAUGGUGGUGCUGAUACUUGGUUUCCUAAUGGUUCUUCCGGAUCACGGAAGCCCUCGAUGCCUUUUUAUGGACCUGAUAAACAUGCUGCAGGAGCAGGACCCUCUUAUUUUAAUCAUUUGCGAGAUCCAUUCUCUUAUCCUGUUGGGCAUGAUGUUUCUCGGCAUGGGUUGUAUCCUCCAAUGCAUAAUCCAAAUCAUAUUCCUGCUUAUGGAGAUCAUUUUGGUUCACAAAUGCUUGGAAGAGCUCCUCACCAGUUGCCUGGAGAAUACCAACAACAGCCACCUCAUCCAUACUUUUCUGGACAGUACAGUGAAAGUAAUCAUGACCCAUUUAUGCCAUAUCCGCAAAGUUCAUUCUUGCACCAGGCUUCUUGUUCUUGCUUUCAUUGUUAUGAGAAACAUCUGCGAGUUCCAGCACCUGUUCCACCUGGCACAUUUGGCAAUAAAAGAUUCCCCGAUGUGCCUAGUAAUCCAAUGUACCAAAUUGAGAACCCUGGGACUUUUGGUUCGCAUUUCUGUAGUUCUAGGACUACGAUGCCUCCUCCAUUGAAUGUACGUGGUACACAAGUGCAUGCUAGAUGGCCGAGUGACAUUAACUCAGAAAUGGGUGCUUUUGUUCGGUGCCGUCCCCAGAGGGUGGUAUUAGCCAGUGGUGGCCGCCGUUUGCGUCCUAUAGCUGGUGGUGCUCCGUUUAUAAUGUGUUAUAAUUGCUUUGAACUAUUACAAAUGCCCAGGAAAGUGCAGCUCAUGGUAAAAAAUGAACAUAAAUUGCGAUGUGGAGCCUGUUCUACUGUGAUAAACUUUAGUGUCAUUAACAAGAGGCUUGUUCUUCAUAAUCAUGUUGAAACGAAGGGAAUUUCUCUGGAGGUUGAUGAUACCUCUAAUGAAGUUGUGAAUGAUAGUUCCUCACAUUUCCGUGGCCGUGUGAACCGAAUUGCUGCUAACUUCUCGUCUGAUGACUAUGAUCAUUCGGGUUAUGAUUUUCAGUCAAUGGACAGAGAACCUGUUGUAUUGUCAACAGGCCAGGCUUUGAACUCUGUCAGACCUCAGGAAAUGCACAGCUUUCAUUCUUCAUCUCCAAGCAUCUCUGAGGAUGAAAACAGUCCGGAUGUUUUAAUUGCUUCAAGAGAGGAAGUGAAUUCUGUUCAGCAGCCAAUCAAAUCCACUUUGUCUCCUCCAACAGCUGGCUCACCUCUUCAAGAGCACUUUGAUUACUCUUCUAACAAUCAUGCAGUCAACCGAUUUGGGAAGGGAAAUCGUAGUAGUCGCUCUGAUCAAGAGAAAGUUGUGUCAAACAAGGCUACAACACGACAAAAUUCUUUAAAAGAGGCAUCAUUACCUACUGAGAUGGAGGUGUCAUUCAAUGAGUACUCUAAUACUGGGAUUUCUCAAGAUUCAGGGGAUGCAACCAGAGAAGAUGAUCAACCAAAAAUGGCAAAAGGAGGUGAAUCAUUUUUUGCAAACAUUAUUAAAAAGAGUUUUAAGGAUUUCUCUAGAUCUAAUCAAACGGAGGAAUGCGGGAAAAGUAACAUUUCAGUUAAUGGGCAUCCUCUACCUGAACGUGUGGUUAAAAAAGCUCAAAAGAAGGCUGGACCAAUUCAUCCUGGACAUUAUUGGUAUGAUUUCCGAGCUGGCUUCUGGGGUGUCCUCGGUGGGCCUUGUCUUGGCAUAAUUCCUCCGUUUAUCGAAGAAUUUAACCAUCUAAUGCCAGAAAAUUGUGCUGGUGGGACCACUGGUGUUUUUGUAAACGGGAGAGAGCUUCAUCAGAAAGAUCUGGAUUUACUUGCUAAUAGAGGGCUUCCAACUGAUAGAGAUAGAUCUUACAGAAUUGAGAUAUCGGGCCGAGUCCUGGAUGAGGACAAUGGUGAAGAGCUAGAUAGCCUUGGCAAACUUGCCCCAACAGUUGAGAAAGCGAAGCAUGGUUUUGGCAUGAAAGUUCCAAGAGCAGCUGCAUAGUGAACUUGUAACAAUCAGAGAGUUAUGCCGUGGGUGUAUACAAAAAGUUUUGGUUUAUUCUAAAUCAAGUGCAGAGAUAGCCAUCUUGGCAAAAUGGUUGGAGGGUGUGAAAUAAGAAUGAUGUUUCUUUAUCUACUCUGGGUUGGUCAAUGUUGGAUGGUUUCUUAAGCCCUUGAUAAGUGAAAACUAUAAAUAGUGACAAUGUUUCUGAUUUAUCUGAUAUUUUUGCUGGUGGUUGUACUGCGUUUUGUAUAUGCAAGUUAUGUAAAGUUUGUUUCAUUCUACCGCAUUGUUUACCAAACGAGAUUCGGCUUUCUAUCUUUCCUAGCUAUCACCAUUGGAAACUUGAAACCAGAAAAAUUAAUUUCCUGGUAGAUUCGGGCGAUUCAAGGUAUGAAACAUCAUUUACAUGCGUGGUUUAGCUAGGAACAAGAUCACACUGUAGAGUAUAGAUGGCAAAUGUGUAGUUACUCUGGUUUCAUAUUCUUGCCUUGAAUAUGAAUUACAUGUAUGAAAGAUUUCAUGAAUAUGAUUGAUAGACCUGUGAAUUUUUUAGAAACAUGCUUGGACAAAAUGGCAAUUCAUAUUAUAGUUGUGGAACAUUGUGUGAAUGCAGCAAAAGAAUUGAGUAGAUCCGUGAUCCGAGUUAAGACUGGGAAAUUACUGUUGAAGGGGCUCUAAUCUCCAAGUAGAUUGGCCCAGACAAUCAUUGGUUAAUCUGGACGACACAACAACAAGACAAGCGUUUGGGGUAAAUGGCCCUACUACUCUUUGGUACUCACCAGCUGAGGGCUAAGUGGGCCUCACUUGUGGGCUCUGUUCUUGCAUACCUGCUGAGCCUAAUCCGAAGAAUGGGCCCGUCGCUUCUUCACCCCAUCUCUUUCCCUUUGUUAUUUGAAAAAAAAAAAACUCUUUCUGCCUUUUCACUGUUGAUCAAAGAUUGAACAGACAAAAGCCCUCAAGCAUCUAAUUUUGUGAUUACCAUCAGAGCUAAUCUCUAAAAAUAAAUGAUUACAGUAAUGAGCACAUUUUCAUUUUCAUGAAUUAUGAAAUAGUAAGAGUAAAAUGCUGCAUAAAUUGUUUGGUAGGGUCAUGACUAAAUGACUAAUGAGCACAUAAUUGGGAUAC